GCAGUCCCUUCCAGACAUUUCCACCCCUUUCCCUGGCGUCACCGGCUACAAUAAGUAGCGGAGAGAGUUCCGAGUAUGGCCUAUAGCCCUGUGUCCCGGAGCGGCAUGAACACUCAUCAGGGUUCCGUAAUGCCCACUAACAGCGACCCGCUUCCACCUGGCUGGGAGAUGAAGUUGGACCCACAGACCGGCUGGCCCUUCUUUGUGGAUCAUAAUAACAGGAUCACCACUUGGACUGACCCCCGGCUGCAGGACACCGGCAAGGUCAGCCAAGCUUUGGCCAAUGGCCCCUCGCAAGAAAGUCAAAAGCCCCUUCCCUUGAGAGAAGGCAAUGUCUAUUACCCUCAGCUGCGGCCUGGUUAUAUCCCUAUCCCCGUCAUGCACGAAGGGGCGGAAAGCAGACAGCAGCAUCCCUUCCAUGCUCUCCAUCAGCCGGGAAUGCAACGAGUGCGCUGUGAGCCAAUAUCUACACAGAACCGCCCCCAGUCCCCCCUGAGGAACUUUAAUCGGCCUCAGUCCCCCGCGUGGAGCGCGAGUGAAACACCGCAGGCCGACAGGCAAGGAAUGGGGUCACCUUCGCUGAGCAGAUCCCCACAAGGACCUUCGCCCCCUCCAUCGAUCGCAGAGUCACAGAGCCACCUCUCUCAGUCCCCCAGUAGACAAAGCGCUGGGAGUUACCCGCUGCCGCGUGGCUAUAUCCCUAUCCCUGUACUCCAUGAGGGAAAUGCACCGCGGCCUCCAUCACAGGCUUUCCAGACGCGCCCGAAGAAUCAUUACCCACAAGGAACAGUCGAUUACCAGACGCAUUAUCCAGUGUUUCACAAAAUUCAAGAUGAGAGGGACUCAAGGCCAGUACCGGUCCAGUCUACCAGAACCACAGCCAAACCAACAUCAAGUAGAGAAGGCUCACCCGUCCACAAUCUUUCUCAGUCACCUGCAACUAUCAAAGUGCUGCAUGCCAUGGAGAAGCCUCACGUCCAUCAGAUACCUCAGCCACGAGAGUCUUCACCAAAGCCUCCAGCAGAGAACAAACCAACUUCUCCAACCAGGGAUCAGCUUCAAGGGCAAAUCCCCAUACAAGUACUUCUACAGGAGAAAGUCUGUAAGUCCCCUCCGCCAACAGCAGCUCCAACAAGGGAAGAGGAGAAGGUUCCGGCCCCUGUUCCAAUGGCCCCUCCAGAAAUAAUACCUGUUGUUCCUGCCCCUGUUCCAAUGCCUCCUCCAGAAGUAAUACCUGUUGUUCCUGCCCCUGUUCCAAUGCCCCCUCCAGAAGUAAUACCUGUUCCCUCCCCUGUUCCAAUGCCCCCUCCAGAAGUUCCACCUGUUCCACAGGAACCAGCCCCCGAGAAGGCAGCAGAAGUGCCAGAACCUCAACACAAACACCCCGGUGUCCUUCAGGUCGAGAGGAUCUUGGAGCGAAUAAAGCCCAUGGAGCAAGCCGUCACUGGCUUUCGGGGCCGCAAAAAUGAGAAAGCUUAUUUGAUACUGGAGGAAGAUCUCACAAAAGUGCUGCUGGCUCUGGAUUCGGUAGAUCCUGAAGGGCGAGUAGAUGUGCGUCAGGCAAGAAGGGAUGGUGUCAGAAAAGUCCAGAAAGUUCUGGAAAUACUGGAACAGAAAGCGUCCGAGAACUCCCAGUGUAGCCAGGGUUCGGACUCGGCUGGCGGCUCGCAAGAUUCCAUGGAUGUAGAUAACACAGUGUACAGAAGUAGUGGAGCGACGCAAAACGCGCAAAUGGAACCUGCGGCCAGUUCGGUGGGACACUAGGCGCCCGCUUUUGGGAAGAAAGAUGAACUUGACGACGUGGGUUGGAAUUGAGUUUAGCUGCAUGCGUUUGGAACAUUUCUACAUCUCUUGCUUUUUCACUCCACUAUAAGAAGCAUGAACACCGCAAACCUGGGAUAUUUAUCCAACAUACUCAAUGCUUGAAUGGACUUUGCACUCAGUCAGCAACCACUGGGGUUAUUCGCCAAAGUACUACUGCCCAAGUAUCCACUGGGUUAUUUACACUUACAUAAAGAGAUAUCUGUGUGCUGAAUUACACCCGCUGUUAGUACUGUUCAUUGCUCAUGUUUGGCAUUUCAUGUGUAGAGUUUUAUAACAGAUAUCAAAUCUUAUUUCAUGAAUGGCAAAACACUGUAGACAUGGUUUAUUUUACAAACUCCACUUACUGUACCAGCCCAGAGGUGCAGCAGCCCUAUAACAGGUCCAGGUCAUUAGGGUUGCCCCCAGCAGCUCCCCAUCUUGGAUCUUGUUAGGCCAUCUUUUGUGUGUCAGUGGCACUGCACGUGCUCAGUAGGCUCUGGGCUGCUGCUAAUGUAACUAUAUGGGUAGCUACUUUGUUAAGCUUUAUUUCUCCAUUAGCUCAUUUCACUACUGUUGGGGUGAUAUGGUGCAGCCAUAGCUGCUUUCACUACUGCUGAUUCUGAAUAAUGGCUGCUAUUGCACGUGGAACCUAGGGAGCCGAGGUAUCUGUAACCUGUGAUGUAUAAUUGAAUGGGCUGUCGAGCUUCUCAUAGAAGGAAACCUAUUUCAUAUGAUGUUGCAUAUAUGUGCUGCUCAGUUCCCAUAUAAUAUAAGCAAAGCAGACUGGCAUCUCCCACACUGCUGCUCACGCUAUGAGAAUGGAAAGUCUACACAUACGGCAUAUUUUACUUGGAAUAUGUAGCAGAAUCAUUUUUCGUACCUGGGCGUCAUUUUAAAGCCCAAUUGUCCCUUUAGGAAACACCUAUAGAGCAUGGCUGGCAGUUACCUGAUACUCUGC